GCUGAUGGAUCCAUGGCACCUAUUGUAGGACGUGGAUCCGUUAGAUGCACCAAGAAAUUGUCCUUAUCUCCUGUGUUACAUGUUCCGAAGUUCCCUAUCAGUCUCUUGUCAGUCAGCUCUAUUACAAAGUCUCUUAACUGUGGAAGUUGGUUUGAUCCUACUCGUUGUAUUUUUCAGGAGCUAGGGACAGGGAGAUUGUUGGGGACUGGGACCGAGCAUGAGGGGCUUUACUAUCUUGAUAAAGGAAGUGAUGAAGUUGCCCUUGCACUUGCAUCAUGUUUGUCUCCAAGCCAAGAAUUGUUGUUGCAUCAUCGCAGGCUUGGACAUCUUUCUUUUGCUGCCUUAUCUCGUAUUUAUCCAAAUUUGUUUAAGUCAUGUACUAGAGAGCUGUUGGUCUAUGAUGCAUGUGAACUAGCUAAACAUACUAGGGGUACAUAUCCUAGUAGUGGUAUGAGAAGCAAGAAACCAUUUGAAGUAAUCCAUUCUGAUGUCUGGGGACCCUGUGAGGUGCACUCAAUUUCUGGACAUCGAUGGUUUGUGAAUUUCAUUGACUGUUUUAGCCGGUAUACUUGGCUUUAUCUUCUGAAGCAUAAGAGUGAUGUUCUUUCUGUCUUUAAAGAUUUGUGUGCCCUUAUAAAAAAAUCAACAUGAAGCAACUAUUAAAGUUUUACGUUCAGAUAAUGGCACUGAAUAUGUCAACCAAGAGCUUGAACAAUUUCUUACUGCAAAUGGCAUUGAACAUCAAACCACCCGUGUUAAUACCCCGGAGCAGGAUGGUGUUGCAGAGCGGAAAAAUAGACAUUUACUUGAAGUUGCUCGCUCACUUAUGUUUACAAUGCAUGUUCAAAAAUUUCUUUGGGGAGAAGCAAUUAAAACCGCAACAUACCUAAUCAAUCGGAUGCCUCUUUGUACCCUUGGGUAUAAAACUCCUACAAAAUGUCUAUUAAACUCAAAUGAAUUUGUUGUUCCUCCCAAGGUCUUUGGAUGUGUUUGUUUUGUGCAUGAUUAUAGAAACUCUGUUGGAAAACUGGAUUCACAUGCGCUAAAAUGUGUUUUUGUGGGUUAUUCUCCUUCAAAGAAAAGCUAGAGAUGUCGGUGCCCUUCUGAACAUCGGUUUUUUGUGAGUAUGGAUGUCACGUUUCGUGAACAUGAAUCCUUUUAUGGGCCAACUAAUGAUACUGAUAUUAUUUUAGCACCACCUGAAGUGGAACAAGAGGGGGAGAGUGAAGUGGAAGGUACUAAUGUUCUUGUUUCCACUCAAGGUGGUUCUCUGACUUUUGAUCGCAUUCCAAUUCAGGGGGAGAAGGACAAAAUUCAGAAUGUUGACAAUGAUUCUUAUCAGGGAGAUAAAGACGAUGUGAUUGGAAAUUCAUCACCUCCAUCUCAAGGUGCCGAGUCUCCUGUACAUGAGGAUCCAGGGGAUGAUUUUAAAGAAAUUGGUGAUCUGAAGCAGCACUUAUCACAAGAAUUUGAAGUGAAGGACCUUGGGAUGUCAACGAAGUCAAAUGCAUCAAGGACGGAGAGGAUCAGCUUCUUGUGAAGGAUGAGGUGAUCAAGUGUAGAUGG